UGACCGGCGCUGCCCGCGUGGUCCGGCCCCCAAGUCGCCUCUGAGCGCGCGUGCAACAGAUCGCGGCCUGGGUCCCGCGUGGGCCGGAGCGCGGGGCGAUGGCGGCGGGCGAGGCGGAGGCGCGCGUGUUCCUGGAGGUGCGGAGACGGCUGCGGAGCGCGCUGCUGAUCGUGGGAGAGCCAAAAGAAGGAGGAAUGCCCAUGGACCUUACAGUAAGGCCCUUCUCCCUGCGGUUGGCGACCUCUGAGGGCUGCACGGAGAUCCGGCUGCCAGCAGAGGUCAGGCUUGUACCUUCCUCUUGCCGGGGGCUGCAGUAUGUGGCCGGGGAUGGACUGCACCUGAGGCUGCAGGCGCAGGCAGAGUUCAGCACAAAACCGAUUUCAAUUUUUAAUCGAAGCUCAGAAGCCCAGGAAUGUUGUACAUUUUAUUGCCAGUCCUGCGGUGAAGUCAUAAUAAAGGACAGGAGACUCCUCAGAGUGCUCCCACUGCCCAGUGACAACUGGGGGGCUCUAGUUGAAGAUUGGUGCUGUCAUCCUGACCCCUUUGCUAAUAAGCCACUUCAUCCGAAAGAGAAUGACUGUUUCAUUGGAGACUCCUUCUUUCUGGUGAAUUUAAGAAGCAAUUUGUGGCAGGAACCAAAAGCAAAUACCAAGGUAAUUUGUAAGCGUUGCAAGGUAGUAUUGGGAGCGACUGUGUCAUCAGAAACCACUAAGUUUUAUAUGACAGAGGUGAUUAUUCAGCCAUCUGAGAGAAGUUUUUCUAUCAUACCAAGGUCUCAGUUUGUCCAGAGUGUUGUUGCAGAAUGUCUGGUAGAACUCGCCUCAGCUAGAAGCACUUUUAGAUACACUAUUCAAGGCCAGGAUGGCAAAGUGUAUAUCUUGCUCUGGCUUUUAAAUUUAGACAGUUUGGUGGCUGAAUCUUUGAAAUGUUCCAAGCAGAUCAAAAAGUUUCCCUUAUUUGAAGACACAUUGAAAUCAGACUCCAGUUCUUCCUGUAACGCUGUCAAGGUUCUAUACCAGCCGUGCAUCAAAAGUAGAAAUGAAAAACUUGCCAGCUUGUGGGAAGGUGACAUCAGCGUUCACUCUUUGACCCUGCCCUCUGCAACCUGCCUGGAGCUGCUGUUGAUACUGUCAAGGAGUAAUGCCAUGCUGCCUCCAUCCCUUCGCCAAAUGAAUUCCUUUCAGCUUUGCAACCUGGAUGAUGUCCUUCCUGUUCCCAGCACUAUUUCCCUGUCUCCUCUCAACUUUUCUCUCAGAACUCCCCACCCUAGAUGUUUAAUUGUACUACUGGUACAACUCAGUGCUGCUGAUGUAAACUGAUCAACAGGAAGAUUCUCUCCCUGUAGACAGCUAAUUGUCACACGUGGUGGCAAAUGAGAAUUAAGAUGUUAAUUAAUGCUUAAGUUGUGGCCCUGCAGCUACUGAAGAUAAUUAAACACAUGUAUGACUUAGGAUAAUGGAAAAAUACAAGUAUUUAAAUGAUAGAGGGAAGACCACAUGCAUUCCUGAGAAAUUAAGAAACGUGUUGGUUUUGCUUCUGGAAGGUUGCUAGUAUAUCUUAAAAUACUAUCAGGAACAGUACAUAUUACUUGACGUAACUCUGUUACAUGUUAAAACAAAAAACAGAUUUUCUUACAAACUGUAUCUUAGAAAAUUAAGAAACAGCUGCUCUAAUCUCAUUUAUAUCCAUAUUCAUGUGUAAAUCUGUUAGGUUGUCUUUGUGAUUUGCUUUUUCUUCUGAGCUUUGUUCACUGAUGCAAUAUUUGUCCUUGGCUGUGGCAGUAUUUGUAUUUGUUGCUACUCUGCAGUUUAAAACUUACUCUCACAGGGGUCAUAUAGAACACAUCCUCAUUUGUAGGAGAGGAAACAGGUCCAGAGAGAUGGAAUGUGUUGGCCAGGGAACACCUUGUGCGCUACCGACCAAAUUGGUCUCACCAGACCCCUGACCCAGGGUUGCUCCGUCUGCAGUACUGGGGAAGAUGUAGAAAGUGAGUGAAUAUGGACAAAGGCAGGUUGUAUAUACUCGUUAUGUCUACACACUCCCCACCUUUUUUUUUUUUUUUUUUGCCGUGAUGUAUACUCUUUUAUUUGUAUAAUGUUUGAACUAGAAAUCAUUUAAAAUUCUGUAACAUGUUGCUUCUAAGUUUUGAAUAACAUUAGAGAUUAUAUGUGACUACUAAUUCUUUUUAAGAGAAUAAAACCAAACAAUAAAACAGAAUAAAGCCAAUCAAAACAAUACAGUGAAAGCAAUUCAAGACUUCAAAACAAGAUAAUAGGAAACAAUGUCUGCCAUGAUGCCUCUUGUUAUCUUCAAAACUGUCUAUAUCAUCACACCUAAAAAAAAAAUAAAAUAGAGCAGAAUAAAACCAAUCAGAACAAAACUGCAAGUGAUACAAGAUUUCAAAACAAGAUAAUAGGAAAUCAACAAUGGCUACCACACGAUAUCUUGUUAUCUUCAAAAUAGCUGCCCAUGUCAUCAGAUAUAAUAAAAUCAAAUAAAACAAAACAGGAUAAGACCAAUCAAAACAAAACAAUAAAAUGAUACAGGACUUUAAAACAAAAUAGAGAGUUAACAGUAGCUACUACCUUCCCUUUUUAGACAUUUGUUCCCCUUUUAAUUUCACAAUAUCUAUUGUACAUUUUGGUUGCCACUAGCUCCUUCAGUUUUUUUACAAGAGCGGUAACAUUGAUGUUCACCUAUGUGAUUCCAAAGCAUUUCACCCAAGAGUAUGAGCACAGGUUGCAUCCAAUUACCUAUAAGAGCCUCGAGAUUAUCCUUAUUUAUAGCUGAGUAGCUUUCCAUUGUAUAAAAAUGCUAUAUCUUUCUUAUCUAUUCUGCAAUUAAUGGGUAAGCUAUCCCUGCUUUUUUCUGGUUCCCUGUCACUUUGUUGUUUUCUCUCCUUUGAUUUGUCAAUCAGUGAAUUUCUUUUUGAGUUAAUGUGUUUCUUGUAUUCUGUAUAUUGAUGAAUCUUGUAUCUUGAUCCAUUCUGCCUGUUUCUUUUUAUUAGUGAAUCGAGGCUGUCUACAUUAAUGGUUACAGCCAAUAUGCACUGGUUCAUGUCUGUCAUGCUUUUUUCCUAUUGUUGGCUCCCUACUUUUCCCCUUCAUUCAAUUGUCUGCCCUGCUUGGUGACCCACUUUGCUGCUGUUCCUGGGACUCUGGUCAUUUUUAUCUCUCUCUAGAAUACCCUUCAGUACUCUUUGUAGGGUUGGUUAGGUAGUCAUGAAUUCCUUCAGUUGUGCUUUGUUAGGGAAGUAUCGUAUUUCUCCAUUAGUUUUGAAAGAUAGUUUUGCAGAGUAGAUCAGUCUGGGUUGGAAGUUGUUUUCUUUCAGGACUUGAAAUACUUCACUCCAAGCUCUUCUUAACUAGAUAAUUUGUGUUGAAAAGUGUAUCAUGAUUCUGAUGUGUUUUCCUUUAUAGGUGAUUUGUCUUUAACAGCUUUUAAUAUUCUGUUAUUAUGCUGAAUUUCUGGAAUCUUGAUUAUUACAUGUCUGGAGGAUUUAUUUUGGUCAUGUAUAGUUGGAAUGCUGUAUGCCUCAUUUAUCUGUAUGUCAGAUCCUUUUCCCAUGCUUGGGAAGUUCACAGCUAUUACUUCUGUAAAUAGUCUCUGUCAUUUCUAUUUACUCCUGCUUCUUUUGGUGACACCUGUCAUUCUUAAACUGUUUUUCUUUAUUUUAUUUUGUAGCUGUUGAAUUGUCAUUUCCUGAUUCCUUGUUAUUUUUAAGAGAUCUUUCUUUUUGUGCUGCGGUCCUGUCUUCAAGGUCUGAAAGUCUAUCUUCAGUUUCUUUUCAAGAAGUUUCGCCAGCUUUCAAUGGAGUUUUUAAUUUCCUGGGUAUCUCUGAGUCCGUUUCAUGCAUUCCAAUUCUUCUAUGUGUUGUUUUUGCAAGAUUUCCUUCACUCUCCUAUGCUCCUCUUUUUUUGUAAAUCUAUGUCUUCUUUAGAUGAGCUCAGCAACCGUUUUAUUAUGUUUGUCAUUUUUUGUUUUACUUGAUGUAUUAUUUCUGAUCUGAUUUCUUUCAAACUUCAUGAAGUAGUUUCUUUACUUCAGUUGCCAUCAUCCCAGAAAUUUCAGAUGUGUGACUUCCACUUUCUUCCAUGUCCAUGUCUCCUGGACUUGUUCUGUUUGGGCUGGAGGCCAGAGAUUGCCUUUUGCUCCUUCGUCUUGGCAUUUUCCUGGGUUCCUCUGGACAAGUGAGUUGUGGGGUCCCAGGUGCUUUCCACGUUGGCUUCCCAUCCACAGUGUAGUGGGGGUGGGCUAGGCACCUGGGUUUCUCCUAACUCAGGUUCCCCAGGAGACAGUGGGGUGCAGGUGGGCUUCUCUAGACAUUUAUGCUUUUCCAAGGCUUAGCUGGCUGGUUCUCCUGGCUUACACUGGCUACCUGCUGGAGAAUCCUGAUGGCAGCCCAUGUGCAUGUGGGAUCUGGUCUGGCUGCUUCUUCCCACCUAUGAUGGUUACCUGCAGGAGAGUUCCAAUGAUGGUGCGUGUGCAUGACCACGAACUUUUAUGGAGUGACUUUUAAGAAACUUACUUAGCAGUGAUCAUGUUGGGGGAGUGAAGAUGAGUGACGUUUUUAUUUUCUCCCUCUCUCAUGUACUGUUUGAAAUUUUUAUAUUGCCAGUGAGUGAGCAGCAAUAGAAAUGAUUGAUUCCUAGAAUUUUGUGAUAUAUUGGGAGAAACAGAACAGUCUUCUAUGUGUGACAUAUCGGGAACAAUUUUAAUGCAUAGUAACUAGAACAUAAGUCUUAAAAGAUUAAAAGUAAAAGAAAAAUCUAAACCAAGUAUGAGAGAGUUGAAAGGCAGACCAAUCUGUAUUUCUUCUCCAGGAGACAGAGGGGGUCUUUUCUCUGUUUAGGAUGUCAUCUUGGUCCCAUGUAACAAGGUACAUGAAAGCCUGGCUUGCUAUUGGUGGUUUUAGGACGUUCUCAUCGUUUUUACUUAGAAGAGCUCUGAGAGUCAUCUGGGUUUUAAUUGCUAAAUGUUCCUCUCAGUGAUUAUGUUUCAUCUGAUUUCAUUCUGUUUGCUGAAUGUUAUUGUCAGGAACACAUACACUUACCUGACUUCAAAGGUACAGAGAAACCUGACAGAAUCCUAUGAAUAGUAUCUACUGAAAUUUUGUCCUACCAUUACCCCUGAAAAGAUGUAUUCUUAUCAGGAACAUUCCAAGAAUUGGCUUUUCUGUGUAGAUCUUCACUUCAGAUAAAGGAUCAGUGAAAAUGUAGAAGGUGUCUGUCAGACUUGGAAAGGGAGGCUCGCCUUUUCAUCUUUGUAACAUCUACUUAAUCAUUUAUUAUAAUCUAAGGGAGUGGGGCCACUAAAUUUGUCCACAUUUGAGAUUUAUUUUUAAUUAGAAACUUGCUUUCAUGCCUAUAUUCUUUAAAGCUAUUUUGGCAGGAGCUGUAAAAUAGUAGAAUGACAUUUGUUACAGAUAUCAUCUUUACAUUUCCAAUUCUCUUACUUUCCAGACUGAGACAGUCACUGUGAGCAGCACUUCUCUUUCUGUAAAACUGUUAUUUUAGGAUUCAGAUAACACUCCUGCUUGAAUUAUCACUGCUAAAUCCCAAAGGAAAGGGUUUAUCUUAUUAAUGAGCGUUAUUAACAUAUAUGAAAUUCUGCCUUCUUAAAUUAUGCUGUAACAUUUCUUUCAGGCCAACAGGGAUAUCUUUUGGUGAUAGUGUCAUACUUUUAGCUUCUAUUCUGUUGCAGUACCAUAAUAUCCCUAGUGUGAUUUUCAGCAAACAAUGUAGGAUUUAGUUGAGAAUACUGACAUAUUGCUAAGCACAUACUUACUUACUAUAGUUGUAUGGUUCCAAGAACAGGAUGGAUUUAAUUAUUCCUUACAUCACUCCCUUCUUGAAAUUCUGCCAUGGCCUUGCAUUGCAAUGAAAAUAAAAUCCAAAUUCUUUACGUUGGCCUGUAAGAGGGGACAGCUUCCACCCUGCCUCUUCUGACCUCAUCUCUUACACUUUCCCCCUCUCAUUCCGGUUACUCCAGUCUCACUGACUGGCCUUAAUUCUCCCUCUGGAGUAGAAACUGCUUCUGACUAUUACUUUGUGCACCACGUCUUUCAUGCCUGGCUCCUCCUGUAUUUCAGGUCUCUACUCAGAUGUGUCUGCCCACAAAAGAUCUAAUUUGACUCCCUUAUCCCUUUCUCCCUAUCAUCAAUACUUUAUAAUCUAACCUUUGUAAAGUACUUUUCACUAUUGAAAUGAUUAUGUUCAUUUACUUAUUUGUCUUUUUCCUCUACUGAAAUGUAUGAUGAUUUAAAAGGGGAAACGUCUAUUUUUGCUCAAUAUUAUAUCAACAGAACUUAGUGCCUGAAUGUAAAAAGUGGUUAAUAAAUAGUGGAUUGGUAGAUGGGUGCAAAAAUGCAAAUUGGUGUAACCACAGUAUACACUGGAAAUCUAAAGGAGACUUGGGAAUUUACACAUAAAUGGCAACAGUAGGCUAAAGAAAGAAACAAAAGCCUUUUCUCCCUUUUUAUCUAUAUACUUUUGUACUGUAUAAAUGUCCUCAUCUGACCAUUACAAGCCAUGCUCAUUUUUGAGUAAACUAUAGCCAUUUUAAUUUUUUAAAUAACAUUUCCCCUGAUUAUAAAAAAUAAUACCUAUUUAAUAAAAAUGAAAAAUUAGAAAAAUAUGAAGAAAAUAUCAAUGGGAGUAAGCACUGACACUUUAAAGUAAUUCUCUUUUAGAACUUUUAAUAUAGACACAUGUGCACAUGCAUGUGUGCAUAUGCGCAUGUGUAUUUUAAUCUAACAUUGGCCUUACUGAAGAUGCUAAGGCUAGUUACUACCUGUGUUCUGUUCUUUACUCUGCUUAUCUUCUGGAAUCAAGCCAGCUUUCCCAGAGACUGUCAAGAGCUUUGAGGACUUUAUAUAUUAAGGUCCUUUUAUUAGAUGAGAAUGUAUGGAGAGGGAAACGAAGCAAUUCCAUGUGUCUAGUAAUUAAGGGCUGCUUCAGAAGUAAUAAAGUGGCAGAUGGACCUGCUCAAAGAUGAGCAGACACUUGCCAGAAUACACCUCUGUUCUGAUCUUGUGGUCAUUCGCAUGAGCAUCUCAGGAAGCUGACAAAGAUGUUGGUAUCCUCAGGUCCCCAAUUGAGUUACCUUCUUUCUUUCCUGGUAAGUCUUUGUCCACUGUGGGCCAAGAUAAUUAGGAGUUGGGUGCUAGUCAUUAUAUUUAGGGAACCUCAUCUCAAAAGGUAGUGGUUACCGUUCUAUUUUCAAUCUCUUCUCAAAACAGAUUUCUGAGAAUUUGAGUGUGAAUAAGGCUGCUGUCAUCCUUCCUUUUUGUUUUUCAGGACAUUUUGUGGGUUGAGGAAAUAAGCAAGAAUCAGCUAAACACUGUUCUCUUCUCUGUUGUCCCUUCUGCCUCCUUUCAUAGUGGGCUCUACUGUUUUGCCGUACCUGAGAGCAGGCAGGAAGGACAAAGACAGGUAGAAGGGUAAGCUAAGUGGACGUUCACCUGCUUUCUUCAUGCAGCUUCCCAGGUUCCACCACACACCCUGCUCUUCAGGCAUUUCUGUCCCUGCCGAGGUGCUGAGGUUAUAGGCAAAGCUGGCCAUUACCCAGCCCUUCUUGUAGCAUGUGGUAGAGGAGGUCCAAUGGAGGCCUUGUUGACAAAAGCAGGAAUGAAUUGUAGCCGACUAAUUAGGGCUCUUAUUUUGUUUGUUUUUUAUAAAUUGACUUUUUCUUCCUAGUUCUCAAAGAAAUAUAUACUUACAGUAGAAAAUUGGUGUAUUUUUUAAAGAGAAUAAAACCAAACAAAAUAAAGCCAAUAAAAUAAAACAGUGAAAGUGAUACAGGACUUCUAAACAGGAUAAUAAGAAAUCAACAUUGGUUACCUUUUAUUCUCUUCAAAAUUGUGGCCCACACUAUCAGACAUAAUAAAGUCAAACAAAACAGAACAGAAUAAAACCAGUCAACGCAAAUAUUGAAUAAAACCAAACAAUGAAUGGAACAAAACAAAGCAGUGGGAACAAUAUUGGAUUUCAAAAACAAGGUAGACAGAAACCUACCAUAUUUGCUACCAUAUUUGCUAUAUUGCAUAUUCUUAUCCUCUUUAUAGAUGCUCAGACCACUGGCCUUAGGCCUACAAAAUCAGUCAGACAGUUCAACUAUUAAGUUGUUUGUGUACCUCAGCUGCUAUCAACUCAGUCUGUCCUGAAUGGGGAGUGUGUUCUUGUCUCCCAUCCCGCUUGCAGGGUGGCUCCCGGCAAGGGUGACUUGGGCUCUUGUUAUUCCUCACAGGGCCCACAUAGCUUGCAUUGGCACAGGAAGAGCAAGAGCCAGACUGUAAGAAAUACUUAUAUCAUAAUAGAAGAUACUGUAUCAAAAUGAAAAAUUUAUUUUCAUAGUGACAGACCUUGUCACUAGUUCCAAUAGUUUAUUUUCCUCUUCACUGUUCCUUAACGUGGUCCCUGACUGUUGAAUCAUUGUCAUGAAGUUUGUGUUUUUCUUCUCUGGUUUUAUGUUGUUAUUGGUAAGACAGGAUCUUGCCACUGAGUAUAGACUGGCCUUAAAUGCAAGGACCUCCUCCUGCCUUAGCCUCCCGAGUGCUGGGAUUACAGGCAUUCACUGCUAUGCCCAGCUUCUCCUAUUUUCUUCUGCCCUAAUUUCUGCUCUUUUACACUCAGUGCUUUCUUUUUUUAAAAUUUAAUUUAAUUCUUUUAAAAGGGUAAAACUAAACAGAGCAAAACAGAACAAAGCAGAUCAGAAGAAAGCAAUUUAAGUGACACAGAUUUCAAAAUAAGACAAGAGAUCUACAAUGGCUAUCAUGAUGUCUCUUGUUUUCUUCUAUAUGGUUGUCUAUGUCUUCACACACAGUGAAUUCAUACAAAACAGUAUAGUAGAAAACUCAUCAGAAUAGCGUAAUUCAAAACCAAACAAUAUGAACAUUAAAUGGCUGCCAUAGUGUCUCUUGUUCUCUUCAAAAUAGCUGUCCAUCCCUUCAUGUAUGUUGAAAUUAGACAAUAUAAAACACACUAAAAUCACUCUGAACAAAGAAGAGAAGCAUUAUGGGAUUUCACAGCAUGAUGAUACAAAAUCAGCAAUGGAUGCCAUAGUGUCUCUUUUUCUUCAAAAUAUCUGUUCAUUUUAUCACACGUAAUAUAAUCAAUUCUCAUAAACUCUUUAGGAGAAGUUCUAAAGAAGCAUGUAUAAGCCUCUACAUGUUAUCUAUCCUUUCUACAUUAGAGGAAAAAACAAAACAAAAAAAGAACCCAGAUUACUAGAAAAAGGAACAAAAAAGACAAAUAAAUAACAAUAGCAAAGAGCCCCAAACAAUAACAAUACAGGCCUUCAAAACAUGGUGGUAAGAACAGAACUAAGAUUGAUAUUUUACAUAGUGAUCUUCAAGAGCUCCUCAGGUCACUUGACACAAACAUGCAAAAUUGUUCCAAUCCUGUGAAUGUUAAUUGCUUUGUUCUAUGAACUUAUAGAAUUUGUAGCACAAUCAUCUUAGCUAUCCUAAGUGUGUUUAUGCAAAUUCAGAUAUUUUUUCUUUUCCCUGAAAUAUUUUAGUUUUUCUCCUUUGAGAAGAUUCUUACCCUUUCCACUGUAUUUAUUGAGGAUUUUGUAUUGUAUGUACUCUCACCAUUUCUUACCUUAGGGAGAAAAUACAGUAUUUACUCAUGUGACACUCAGUGUUUUCUAGAAUGCACGUACUAGUUACCUCAGUAACUCAUCUUUCUGCCAUUCAGGGUCAACAUCCAGCACCCUUUGUCUCCCCUUGGGAAUAUUUAUUCUCUGUAGCCCUUUUCUUCCUUCUCACAGCAUGUCUGGUGGUGGGGGCAGCUGCUCGGAGUAAUGCAGGACACUUGAGGUGUAUUCGACACCCAGUGACUUUGUGGCACUGGUAUAGUCAGGUAAGGUCUGUGGGUCUUGACUUCUUUAUCUGGGCCAUAAAGGAGUUGAGUUAAAAGUAUAGACACAGAGAGUUAAUUUGUUUAUUCUAAUUUGUCUCUGAUUUAUGCACCAAGGCUGAAUAAUAUAAAUCUAGUCUCUAAAAGAAAUAGGUCCUUAUUUCUUCUGAACAAACAUGUUAAAAGUGUUAUUGAAAAAGCAUAGAUAAGGAACAUAGAUAAAGCUAGAUUGUGUUUGUGUAAUGCAUGUGGGAAGAGCACGUAUAUGCACAAGCCUGCGCAUGAUGGGAGUGUGUGUGUGUGUGUGUGUGUGUAUACAUGUUAUAAGAGAAGGAGUUUAUGUUGUGAGACCUCCUUAACAACCACAAUAAAUUAAGAAUGUGAAGCUUGGGUGCUGUUGGCUCUGGCUGUGGACCUGAGUCAUCUUUGCAUGCAGAGACGGUAAAGGAGCGCACCAUCAGAUGGACUGCCUGUCAGAGAAACUUGAACUGUCUCCUGGCAGCUCUUUCUCCUUCCUUCUUUUUCCUUCUCUGCCCUUCUUUAGGUAGCUUCCACUUUUAGUUUCACUCUUGCUUUUUGACUGUAGAUCCUGGUCAGCACUGAAACAUUUGUGGCUUAGAAAUUUCCUAAUGAUUUUGUGUUUAUAUUUUAUUUAUAAAUAUCCUUAAUCAGCAAAAGAUAUCUAAAAUGUGAGUGUCUUCCAUAGCAGCCAGUACGGCAGAUGGAGCAUUAGAACUAAGGAGUUUCUGGGUGUGAUGGCAUGUGUCUGUAAUCUCAGACUCAGGUGGCUGAGGCAGGAGGGUCAUCAAGAAUUAAGUCAGAAAUUUCUUUCUUUUAGAGACAAAUUAUUUCUCCAAAUUAUUUCAGGCUGAGGACAUGAUCUAUUACUGCUCUGUAGUAGAAUGGACAGAACAUGCAGAUAUUAGCACCAGAAGAGUGGACAGAAUAUGCAGGUAUUGACACCAGGAAACUGGGUCCGGUUCAGUUUCUACAGGGAAAGGAGAACACUUGGGUAUAGAGGGAAGGAUAAAGCAAGUGUGAGUUAUCAUUGUAUUUCCUCUCCUCUCCCUUCCUUAAUAUAAAAAGCUCUUGCGAACCCAGACACAGUGAAACGAUGAUUUGUGACAUUAUGAGACUUGAAUAAGGCCUUUUCUGGGUCACCAAGCCUCCCAUAUUGGGGUGGGAAGGGGGAAGUGAGCAUAUAGAUGUGAGUGGCUGAUAACCCUAACCAGAGGACUUCAUUCUGCCCCUGACACUGGCUGUGUUCAGCCAAGUGGCUCCCAGGUAAUGGGUGUUACUUCCUUGAAAAGGCAGCUAAAGUUAUAUUUCUGUUGUUGAAAAUAAAGUAGUAACAAGAUUGAAGUGACUGAACUCCUUCUGUUCAUGGAAGGAGCUGCUGUAUUGUUCUCAGGAGCCUUUCUGGCCGAGGGGGAAACAGUCUGGGAAGGACGCCAGCCUUCAAGGGGAUGAUAGAUUGGAAGGUGAAACUAUUCUAAGCCUCAACUGAGAACUUCUCAUGAGCCCUCCCUGUAAUGACUGAUUGCUUUAGCAAAAUGAGCAGAUUUAGAACACAAAAGAUGUUGAGAGACUAGGCUGUAGGAAUCACGAGGAUCAUGACUGAUGAUAUUUUAUUGUCCUUUGGGUCCUUGUUCUUGGAUAGCUCAUCAGUGACGCCAUAGAGUAAGCCCUGGAGUGGAGAUGGAAAAGGUUUAGGCUCUUUGGUUGUCCUGAGACCAGUAACCAAUGUGACAGUGAGGUAGAAAGUAGAUGGUGUAGCCAGUCCACCCCUGGUUUUAGGCUCACAGCAAGCAGAAUGCUGCUGGCUCCUGGAGAACACAGAAAUAUCCUGCUAUCAUAUUUCCUUCGCAUACUGACAUGAGUCUGGGAAAUAUGGUCCUUACCCUCUCUUAGUUUCUUUUUCAUCGCUGAACACAGUAUCCCAGCACAUAAUAUUUUGUGUUAACGGUGCGUCAUUGUGGGUGUAUAAUACUCAUGUUUAUUCAUUAGAAUAUUUCUAUUGAUGAAUUGUUAAUUUUAUGAGAUUUUUAUAGUAAACAAUAAAUACUUAACAGGAAAAAUAUCAAAAAUAAAGUAUUGAAUUUUUAAUAUGUAUUGAGCUUAUAAAACAUCAAAAUUUUCAACAUUGACUGUUUUUUGGUGUACAAAGUCUAAAACAUCACAGCAGAAAAUAAGCUCCUUUGUGAACUACAAUGAAAAUACCAAUAGAACUCUCCAACAAAAAUAAUCUUUACUUCAAUUAUCACACUUAAGACUAUCUGCAUACAUGACAAUAGCAUGUUCCAUACACACAUAUUGCUUACACUGACAGCAUGUUUGUUUUGUUUUCCUGGCUUUUGUAGGAUAUAGUUGACAUCUCUCUGAUCUUGCUGUUUUGUCAGGAAGUUCUUAUUAUGUUAUACAAUGUACACUUACCAGGAACAUGAAAUAUUAAUAGAGUUAAAUAUUAAAUUCUUAAUAUAUACUGCACAUUUAGAAUACAUCAACAUUUUCACAUCAGGAAUACAUUCCUAUGUGAACUACAAUGAAAAUAACAAUAGAACUCUACAACAAAAAUAAUCUUGGCUUCAGUUGUGACACCCAAGGCAGUCUUCACGCAUGACAGCUGCAUUUCCAUGCAUACUUCUCACUAACACAGCACCUGAGCUUAGCUUUCCUUUCCUGUGUGGCAGGCCAGUCUUCUCACCUCUCUUGAUGAGUCAUUUUUAACCUCCAAAACUUCCAAAUCUGGUUUUUCAUGUGCCAUCAUAUUGAACUGGGCUACUUUUACCAGAAAAAUUGAAAGAAAACUUUUCUACAUGAACAGAUUUGAAGUGUACACCUGUUGCUGCUCUGGAGCUUAUGUAUACACCUUGCCAUUAUUCUAUGAAGUGGAUGAAUGCACAGAUGGGUUUCUGCUUCUCCCAGGCUCAGCUGCUGUUAGCCACACCCACACCCAUUAUGGUACAACAUAUGUUUACAUAACAGAUGAUGGCAUGGUAUAUUUUACAACCCCUGGUGCUCAAGGAAACAUAUGCAGAAAAUAUUACCAGGAACAUUAUAUGGGUAAAAAUACUGGUUUGAUACUUUUGCAUAUGUGUACACAUCUUGAUGUUCAUCAUACAAAGACAGUAAACACCCAUAUUGCUUCUUGUUUCCCCCAGGCACAGCUACUGAGAUGCAUAGCCAGCUACUAUAAUGCUGAAGUAUAGAUUUUCAUUAGGAAAGUAUGGUGCAUGUUUUUGUAACCUAAUGUUGUAGCCCAGAGAUUUUAAAGGAGGAAAGAUUUAUUUUGACUCACAGUUUGUAUAGGUUUCAGUUCACAAUCUGCUGGCUCCAAUGAAGGGCCUUAGGCAGAGGAUCAUUUCGAUAGAAAGGAGAGAGAUCAAGGGAGGAGAGAGGGAGCUAAGUGUACCUUGCCAGGCCACGCUUCCAGUAACCCCCUCCUCUAACCAUAUUAGUUAUAAGCUCAGUGAACUGACAGAUUUCACACCCCCUGAUCCAGUCACUUCCCAAUAGUCCCAUGAUGAGCACAUGAGGCUUUGGAGGGAAAUUUAUAAACCAUAUUAUACCCUCACCAUUCUUACUGCUAUUCAUAUUCUGAGAUGAGCCCAAAAAUAUUGUUCUGUUCUUUGCCUGAGGAGCAUGUGCUGUAACCAACGUAACCAAGAAUAAUCCUAUCGUCAUUGUAGUGUUCACAUUAAGAUUUUGACAGCCAGGCUGGUCUGACUUGGCCCAUAUAAGUUUAGAAAUUUCCCCUCUUGACACAAGAAUGGAGAUUUACAGUUAAUUGAAAAAAAGCCGAGUAGUUUCCCCCUGUGAUUUCUCCCCAAAUUCUAGGGAAAAAAAAGACAAGCCCAUUGUGAGACUCACUACAGCUGCCGCCUCUGGGCUCUGCCCACAUUCCAUUCCUGUGGGUGUGCUUUCAUUACUGACAGUUGCCAUCUCUGGGUGCUGCCCACUUGGAACUCUCCCAAGUGUACUUUAAUCUCAAACCUAAAAUGAGUGGGUUUCUUUUAAAUCAAUGUCUCUUUCUUGAGUUUUCUCAUCAACCCACACCUGCUCUGUGAGUGUAUUUUCCCUUUCAUAAAUCUUGCCUUUUUGACUACUUCUGUGUCCUGCUCAGUUCUUUCUUCAGGACACACGGAAUCUGGAUAUUGCAUGAGACACAGACAGCUGUCCAGCAGCAACUAAUCUUAAGUUACUACCUUGUCUAGAUCCCUCUUUUUUUCAUUCCUCUCAUUCUAAAACUGAUUGAUUCUAAAUUCUGCUCAUUGUAGGAGCCAUAGCAGGGUAAGAGCUUAUGCACUAAGUUAACUUAAAAUAAAACUAUCAUUUCAUAUUCCUAUCCUUAGAGAUCAGCAGAUUGCUUUUUAGUGAUUAGAUUAGAUAUCUGGGAUGAUGGUCAUAGACAAGUGAUCUUGAGGAGGCAGCAGAGAGGUAUUUCUGCAGCUUCAUAGGCUUCGUACAGUUAGCAUCAGCAGUUACUUUCUGUAGUUCAGAAUAGUAGAUUAAUCUGUACCAUGCGCAGGGUCCUGGUGUAUUGUAUGAUGCUGUGGUAACAUAACGCAGACGAAAUUAGAAUAGCUUGUUAGUGGAGUCAUGCUAGUAUACACCUUUUAAAGCAAAAUGCAGCUCUUCAUGAAAGAUUAUAUUUAUGCAUAGUCCCAGUGUUUCUUGUUCACUUUCUGCUAGUCUUAAAUUAAUAAGGUUUCCUUCUUACUUAACUUCAACUCAAACAUCAUUUGUAAAGGCAGUAAACGUUUGAGACAUUGUCUGUUUGAACCAUUAGUUUCUUUUAUCACCAAGUUCUCCAAAUAUGGCAGUGUUUUUAGCAGAAAUCAGUGCACUAAAGCAGGUGUGUCCUUGGUAUUUUUGUUUUAAAUAGGUGGGCUAAAUCUGUUUAUGUUUAUUUUCAUUACUAAUGUAGUUGGACUUAUAUCUACCAUGGUUGGGGGAAACAAGGCAGAAUUACAUACCUUGGCUACCAUAUUUUAUCUUCUUUCUUACUUCUUGUCUCUGUAGUUCAUUCUUUGCUUUAAAAUUUCUUUGCUAGCUUGGAAGCAAUUACGUUUAGUUUUCUUAUGUAUUAAAAGACAGCCUUGUUUAUAAUCUUUAUCAUUUUUCAAACAGGCAGAAAUCCUACAAUUGUUGAAUUACCUAGUAACAUUUCACUAUCUCUUUCCACUUUUCCCCAUUUCUGUGACUUCUCAUACUUACUUCCCUUGAAAGCACAAAAACUAGUUAUUAUUUUUAAAUAUUUUUAUAUUCCUUACCUCGUGUACAUCAGUCGUCGGGCUUUGUGGGGUUUUUUUGUUGUUGUUGUUGUUUAUUUUGUUUUUGCAUCUUAUAUCCUUUAGUGUUUCCUUCAUUGACAGUCUGUAAAGGAAAGCCCUCUUAUCUUUGUAUGUCUAGAGGUCCCUUCAUUUUGUUCAGCCCUGAAUGAUGGGAAGUGAAGAGCAGAUCUUAGACUCCUUUUCAGUUUGAAGGUCUAUCGCUCACUGCCUUCUGCCAUCUAAGAUAGCUGUUGUAAGACUAUUUGAUAUUCCUCUGAUGAUAAACUGUCUCUUUUUUUCCCUGUUGGCUUAUACGAUUUUAUCUCCAUGCUUGAUGAACUAUACUUCUAUAGCUACAUGUAAGUGUAGAUUUAUUAUACAUAGUACUGUGAAAAUACUCCAUCUGAGGACUUACAUCUUUAAGUAGUGCUAGCAGAAAACUGCCAGCUAUUAUAUAUUAAGUUUCCCUUAUCUUCUUCUCCCCACUUCCUUCUUCUGAACUUUCUAUUAGGCACUGCUAUAUAGUGUCCAAUUCUUCUUGCCUCUGUGUGUUUAGAUAUAACUUAUAAAUUACAUAUACGCACAGAUUCAUUCAUAUCUCAACUGCAUUUCUGCAUCUUCUGGUUUACUCAUUCUAGAUUUUAUCCUCAUCUUUGUUUUAUUUCACUGGAUUUUUUUUUUAUUUCCAAAGUAUUAAAUUUUUAAAAAUCUUUCCGGUGAUAUGAAGCAUAAUCUUCUUUUAAGGAUUUUUGAGGGUUUUUUGGAGGGGCAUUGGAGAUCGAACUCAUGACCUUCCACUUGCCAGGCAGGCACUUAUGCCACUGACCUAAAUACCCAGCCUGUUUUGUUUUUAUGUUCGUUUUUAAUUCAUUCAUUUAUUUGUUUUUACCUUGUUCUGUUUUUUAACAGCUUUUAAUUAAAAAGCUGGAGCGUUUAAUUUUGGGGCUAUCAGAUUUAUAGUUAUAUUGCUUCAUGUACUUUGGAGUUUGCGUUUGAAAACUCUCUUUAAAUUCUUUUUCUCCUCUACCCUUCCCACCUUUUGCCUCACGUUUUGAUGGUUUUGCAGCUACUUCACCCCACCUCUCUAGGCCUCUAGUCAAAUAUAAAGUCCAAAAUAGUGCGUGUUUAUGGUGAAACCUGGUUCCCUGCAGAUCGCUCACUGAAUCAGCAGAAGAUUGAGUCCAAAGCUUCCUAUUUUUCUAGAGAUAGAGACUUGUUUUGUUUUGUUUUUUGUUUUCUUUUUAUGAACAUCAGAGAGUUAGCAUCCAAACUCCCUUCCCUUUUCUGUUCCAGAGCUUAAUCUUGAAUAUCAGUGCUAUCUGAAAGGCCCAAGAUUUCAGCUCUGUCUCCAUAUUUUGUGCUUCUGGUUCAAUGUGCUUAGCUACUUUUUGAGUAUCCCUGUAACUUGAUUUCUCUUUUCAUAUUUUGUCUGUUAUUGCCUUUUAUUUGAAGAAGCAAGGACUUUUAGUGUUAUCUUUUGCUUCUUAUGAUUUUACGAUAGUUUUCACAUCUACAGAAGAACUAAAAUAACUGUACAACUGUGCUUCCUGUCUGUGAAAGCAUUUUGUAAAUAAAAAUGGCAGAAUGUAAACAUUUAUGUAAUCAAUAUAAUUGGCCUAGCAUUUUACCAUUAUUCUCUAUCUGUACAAUAAGGAUGUUCAGGUUGGGUGUGUGGUACAAUGGAGGAAUAUAAUAUCUUAAGUCAUAAUAGUGUUAAACAUCCUAAAGCUUUAGUGCUUGCUAAAUGUUGCCAGGGAUUCCAGUCACCAAUUACAGUACUUCCUACAGGUAAAUGGACUAUGGCUUUGUUUUUAUUUUACUUAUAGAGUUGCAUGAAAUAAAAAGUAAAUUGUGCUUAACAACAAUAAACCUGCUCAUCAUUCACUGGAUUUUUGAGGUGUGUUUUUUUUUUUAACUUUGGUUUUAUUCUGUUUUAUUUUGUUUAACCUGGUGAUGGUAUCUAGACUAGAACUUAUCCUUUGAUAUUUAGGUACUUUAUAAAAUUUAUCCGAACUAAAUUUGCUCUGGUUAAAAAAGAGUUUAUGUGACUUUGUCUUUCAGAUGCUUAUCACUGUCUUUUCACAAUGUUCAUGGUCUACACAGUUGUACUAUAAAGAUGUUGCUUUUUUAUCAUUUAGUAAAUAAAAACAAGACCUCAAAAUACCUCAAAAACAAAGCAAAAAACUGUGCAAGAAUCUUAAAGAGAAGUCAGUCUGAAAUACACUCUAGAUAUUUGAAAAUUAAAGAUUCUUCCCUCUUGUAUUUUCACAUUCUGGUUAGCAGCUAAAGCCCUGUGUUGCUUCUUUAAUCUGCCAUUUUUUAAUUGCAAAUUUGUAUUCCUCUUUCCUUGCAUCCUCUGGUACAUCCUCUGAAGUCUAAAAAUACUCCAUACACAUUUCUGGGCACAGCUAUGGUACUAAUCAGCCUCUGAAAUCAACACAAAACAACUAUGAAAAUUUGACAGAGAACCACACCCUUCGCAUUACUUUUAUUAGACUUAAUAUUAAAAAUGCAAGUAGGUGUGGGCAAAUGGGAAGAAAAGCUUAAAAUCGCAAUGCUUAAUUUCUCACCCUUCUGCCUCAUCUUCACUACCAGGCUUUAUGGAGGCAAUGGCUCAAAGAGCAGGAAAAACUGGAAAUACAAGGGAUAGGCUAGUGAUGGUACCUAUAAGUGAUUUGGCAUAGUUAUCAGAAAGAUUAAGUCAAACCUACAUUUUAAAAUACUGGAAAGGACCAAGCAGAUGAGAGCAUAGAAUAUAGAGAAGGAAUUUAAAGUCUUACCGCUCAAAGAGCCUCAAGCUAUGUUGGAACAGAUGUGCCACUUAAAGAGACAGGCACUCUUUAAAGGAAAAAUCACAAUUUUAAAAAAUUACCUAGACAUCAUUUAAUGGGACAAUCUUUCAAAACCAUGGUUUCCAGUAAGAGUACUCUAAAUGAUACUAUAAUGGUGACCUCUGGUAAAAAUUAUAGACUUGGGGUAAUAAUGACAUGCCAAUGGGAAUUCAUUAAUUGUAAUAAAUGCACCUUUCUAGUGGAGGAUGCUACAGUGGGACAGCAUGUGUGUACACAGGAGCACAUAAGAAACAGGGAUGAAGGAAGUGCGGGGGCAGAGCAGGGAGAAGAAAUUAAAGAAGAAAGAAACUUCAGAACAAGAAAGCUAUGUUGGGAUUUUUAUAUCCAGACAAGCUGUCCUUCAAGCAGUUUUUAUCUUACUUACAACUGGAGGAUUCUAGACUUAUAGCUCUUUCUGAAGAGUGUUCCAGACUAAACAGAAAACUGUGGCCUGACACCUGCUUUUAUAAGUGAAAUUUUAAUGGCAUAAAGCCAAAGCCAUGCGGUAUAUGUGGCUGCAUUUGUUCUACUGUGGCAUAGUUCAGUUGCAAGUGCAGCCUGGUCCAUGUGGGCCUUGGAAUCUCAAAUAAGUUACUGUCUGAUUCUUUAUAGAAAAGAUACACUGACUGCUAUAGUAGAAAAAUUUCAUGUAAUAACUGGGAAGUCUUCAUCACAGGACUGAUACUAAUGAUACCCUUUAAAAUAUAUAAAUAUACAUAUCAGGCUAGAAAAAAAUGAACAAGAACAGUGAUGUAAAAAUGUUAUAUGUGGGGAAAAAGUAGACAUAAUACAAAUUUAAAAACAGAUGAAGGGAUAUCAAAAUAUGAAAAUAGAAAAUAUGCAUUAUUGUAUAGGACAGGGAUAGGUGAUAAAAAAUAUUACCAACCUCCCAUCCAAUAACCCCAAUACUUCAAAUGGUAAAUAGCUAAAACACAUUUUAAAAAUGGAAGUGUAUAAGUAAUAAGAGUAAAAUUAGAAGCCUUCCUAAAUAUCAAUGUAUAUACAUCUCUGAAAAGCAACAUAAGCAAUAUUUUUAAAUUAUAAAAUAUCAGAUCAGUGACCAAGCAUAGCGUUCAUAACAUUAAAUAUUUAUGGACAUGAUUUAUGGAAUAACACAUAAAAGUUAGCAGUUUGGACUGCAAGAUAAAACUUAAGUACACAUGUAUAUUUACCUGUGACUAUAAUUGUGAUUCAGAAAUACAAAAAUAAAUGGUAAGAUAAGUACUCCAUAACAGUACAAACUACAAGAGAAAUGUGGUGGCAACCUUGACAUGAAAUAAUGUAGAAUUUAAGCUGAAAAGCAUUAAACAUGACAAAAAGGGCCCUUUAAAGCCAGAAGCCAUAGUUCUCUCAGUUUACUGAUAAAACAAGAAAGAAAAAGGCUCUAGCACCACAUUAUUUGCAAAUUCUGUUAAACAACUACAAGGGGAAAGGAGACAUUGAAACAAAAGAUGAUAAGGUAGUCCUUUGUGUGUGGCAAUUUUACUUAACACAAUAUUUUCAGGUAUUGUCUAUCUUAUAGCAUGUAUCAAUGCUUCAUUCCUUUAUUGAUGAACAAGUAUUUCAUUGUAUGGGUAUACUGCUGUUUAUUUAUUAAUUGAUGGACUAAUUUGGUUUUACUUUUUGGCUAUUAUGAAUAACAAUGCUGUAAAUACUUGUGUAGUCAUUUGGAGAAAAAAAACUGGCUCUAUAUAUCACAUUAUAUGCAAGAAGAAACUCCAAAUGAAUUGUAGAUCUAAGUAUAACAAAUGAGAAAUAAUAGAAAAACUGACAACAUUUGAAUAAAGUCUGUGGUUUACCAGCAUUAAUUUCUGGGUUUUGACAGUUGUCCUGUGAUUGUGUAAGAUGUUAAUAUUAGGGUUAAGUGAAUGUCUUAGUUAUUUUCUUCAUUGCUAAGAAAAGAGAGGAAAGAUUUAUUUAGGUCACAGUUCAUAGAGUUUCAGCCCAUAGUUGGCUGACUCCAAGACAGGACAGCUUGGCAGACAAACAUUAGAAAGGGAAACAGUUCAUGGUGGGCAGAAGGCAGCAAAGCAAGCAAGGGGGCAAGAUAAGCUUCUUUCUGUCUCUGAUAUUGUAUCCAAGCUACUGGGAUUAGGGCAGUGCCAAGCCAAUCAGUAGACUGAUUUAGUAAUCACCCAUCCUUAAUCCUAGCAUUGCAUUAUGAAAUCAGCCACACACUUUAGAUCCAGCCACCUCUGAAAAAGCCCCACCUAUGACCACAUAAGCUUUGCAGGGGAGAGGAGCGGCAUCUAAACACAAGCCAUAACAAUGAAUGAGAGACAUGUAGAAAUACUGUGCUAUUUUUGCAACUUUUCUGAGUCUAAAAUUAUUUCAAAAUAAAACGUUUUAAAAUGCAGAUGCCUCUUGACCAUCAAUCCUGACGAUCCCAUUAUGUUAAAAAUAGUUUGUCAAAAUACAUUUAGUACACCUAACUUACUGAAUACCAUAGCUUCACAGCACAUUAUGUUAUAGAAUAUUGGUUGUUUCCUGCCUUGAUGAUGUGCCUCACUAGGAGCUGCGAUUCCCUGGAGGUGCCCAAGAGUAUUGUGCCACAUACUGCUAGCCUGGGAAAAGAGCAAAAUUCGAAACAUUUUUUACUGAAUAUGUAUCAUUUUUGCACUAUCAUAAAGCUGAAAAUCACAAGUAGAUCUGUCAUAAGUUGGGACCAUCUGUAUUAGGUAACAUACCAAGAAAAUAAAAAUAAAAUUAAAAUGUUCCACAAAAGGUGAGAGACUAGAGAGAGCUUGUCUUCAUGGCCCUAAGAAUGGAAAUAUACCUGUUCCAACUAGGGAAGAGAGGCAGUGGAGGGUAGCCAGGCUCCACUGAAGGGUUAGGGGCAGCUGGGCUACGAAACAAGAAGCCAUCACACCAAUUGCAGAUCAUUUUACUUCUCUAAUGUGUGAGAUAGUAUCUGCAUCUCUAUGAAUAAGUGGAAAGUGUAUGUAUAUUUAAUAUAUGUACAUGUAAACAAAUAUUUAUAAUGGUAAGUUGGUUUACAAACUCAUUUCUCUCCACUUUUCCUGUUGGAAAUUAAACUGGACAAAAACCAAAUCACAUAGGUCAGUGUUGAACUUGUCUUUUCAUUUUGAUUCAGUUCUCGUCUGACUCAGUUUGUGACUAGGAUUGUGGAAAGAAUCAUGUUCAUGAAUUAUGUAUCUAUCUAUAUCUGUAUCUAGUGUAUCUGUAUGUCCAGUGAUUAAUUAUUUUUGAGUUUGAAAAUCAUUUCCUUUUAUUUUCUGGAUGUAUUUUUAUAGUUGGUAUGUCUUUGUAAUAUAUAACAAGUAUUGUGUAUUAUUAAUACAUAACAUAAUUAUGUAAUCAUGUAUCAAAAACAUUUUAUUUUAAUUAAGUAAUUUAAUUAUUUAAUUAAUUUAUUUAAUUAUUUAAAAUACAAAAAUUUAAUUAUUUAAUUUAUUUAAUGCUUCUAUAGAAGCUUGGUGUUGUGAACUCUCACUCUGAGGAAGGAUAUCUAGAACCUGUUGGAGAGUAAGUUUUGAUUUCUUUCAUCUUGAAGACGUUGCUUUAACAUUGAGGUUCAAAGUAUAGGUGAUAGUAUCGAGGAGCUGAAAUCUUAAGAUCAAAAAUCUCUGGCUUUGGGGCUGGGGAUUUAGCUCAGCGGUAUAAGCGCCUGCCUUACAAGCAGGCAGUCAUGAGUUCGAUCCCUGGUACUGAUAAAAAGGAAAAAGACAAAAAAAAAUCUCUGGCUUUUAAAUCAUAUCUCAUUUUUCUGUAAAAAAAGCUGAAUAAAAAUGUGAAAUUUUCAAAAAUCAGGUAAGUGGGCCUUUCCUCUUCAAAAGUCUCAAUUCCAAAGUAAGAUAGAAUUCUGAUAGGUCAGGAUUUAUCCUGUCAUAUGUUGAUUGUGUCACUGGACAGGGUCUGAAGAGGUCCCUCAAAGAGGAAAUGGGGACUUCAAUUCUGCCUGCCAAGUAGUUUCUCCUGAGACUGACUUUCAGUACAUGUAGUGUGAGCCUAGAAAGGUUUAUUAGAGAACAGAAAAAGAUUCUAGUUUAAUGUGAUUAAGCAGUUUCAGAAUGAGUUGCUCACAAAGAAAUUAGACCAGUUUUGUCGGGUAUUAGGUGGUCUGAGGACUAGUUAGUCAAAAUCAGUCCUGAUUUCGUAGCUCCAGAGUCAUCUUUAUAAAUUAAGGUGCAAUUCAUUUCCCAUGAAAUGAUUGUCCCUACUCAGAAUGGGGGUUGCUUCAAUUCUCAUCAUGAAGUAAUUGUUUCUGUGUUAGAGGAGGUGGUCACAUGGUUGAUCUAUAAAUGUCUGCUUUUCUGGAAUAUAAGGUAACAGUAGAUUGAAGACUUCAAAGCAUUAUGCCAAAAGAGUCUGAAAGUGGUCUUUGUGAAAGCUGGCAAUUGCGUAGUCCUGUAAACCUUGAAAAUGACUUUAUUCUUAUCAUGAUGUCUUCAGUCUUGAAGGGUGUUGACAUAGUCUAGGUACCUUUACUGCCAAUAAACGUUGCAAUAUGGAUGUUCCUCGAAUAAUUAGCAUGCCUAUGUGCAGAUUCAAGCAGGAAUCUGAUCCAGAAUUUCAAGGUAAUAAUAUAUGUGAAGUGAAGGCAGAGAUACUAAGCUUUAUCCUGCUUUUAGUUACAUAUUGGGCACCUGCAGGUCUAGCCUCUAUGUCCCUGUGAAAAAUUGUCUCUUUACAAGCUGGGCAUGGUGAUACACACCUAUAAUUCCAACACUCAGGAGGUGAGGCAGGAGGAUCACCAUGAGUUAGAGGACAGCCUUGGCUACCUGGUGAGUUCAAGUUGAGCCUGAAUUACAUAGUGAGACCCUGUCAAAAAUCAAAAAGAAAAAAAUCUUCCCUUGCCCUUCUUAAUCUUGAGGGUAAUACAGUGUUGGCCAGUCUGGCUUGUACAGGUAGUACAUUAGUAUAUGAGAAGAGUGUAAACUGUGCCUUGGAUCUCUGAAAUACAUGGUCAUAAGCAUAGAGAGUAAAUGUAUGGAAUACAGAUAUAGACAGCCUUUUAUCAGUCCUUAGAACUGAUAAAAGCUUUCCUUGUCCCCUUUUUACUUAAUUUCUUUUAUUGUCCCUCAGUUAUGCCAAACAAACAUAGCUAUUGAAGACCCACUGCUGUAAUACAAGGAGGUCCUUUAGAGGGUUUAUUGGCUUGUGAACUGGACAGAUACACUUUUCCUAAAGAAAGAUUUGUUAUUUCUAUGAUUUCGGUGGUAUCAUUUCCUCAUUCUUGAAUUUUCAUCAUAAAGUCAAGCAAGAGUCAAGGUAGGCAUGUGAAAUUGAGUUAACCCCCUGCCAAAAAGAAAUGGAUUGUUACAUAAUUUCCAAAGGUAUUGAGAGGUAGGACCUUUAAGAGGUGAUUAGGCCAUAAGGAGUAAUGUCAUUAUUGUGGAAGCAGGCUAGGUUUUAAGGGAGUAUGUUCCUGAAUGACUGGCUCUCUUUAUAUUCUUCUCUGUGUUAUUCCCUUAGCCAUUUUGUGAUACAGAAGGAACACUCUAGCCACAUGUGGAGCCCUUCAACCUUGAAAUUCUCAACCUUGAGAACUGGAAAAAAUAAAUCUCUGUUCUUUAUGAAUAACCCAGUCUCAGGUAUUGUGUAAUUAUAGUACAAAAUAAGACAGCGUAGUUUAUUAUUUUGGUUAGUAUAUUUUCCUUUUGGAACUAUAUUUGAAAUAAUGCAGAAUGGUUGAUUAAAUAAGAUGUUUCUAGUCACUUACAUAUAAAAUUGGAACUAGGUUUAGUUAUAGAAGCCUUUGCUAUAAGAAUAUUUCCAGAAGACAAUCAUAUUCAUAUUAUAUCACUGCACUUGCAGCUUUUUUUCUCCCAAGAACAUAAUUUACCAUAUGUAAAAGGCUGCUGCAAUUUGAAUUCCCAGGGAUAUCUUUAUCCAGCAUUUUGUCAGAGGAAACAUUGCCUUAUGCAUAAUCUGAAAUAAUUGAAAUAAUUGGAAAUAUAAUGAGACCAACAUUAAGAAACUCCCUUGUGCUUCUUUCUGCUCUGCGAAAUAAAAUGAUCACUGAAUGCAGUCAUGUUUUAAAAUUUAAGCAGACUUGACAAAUGAAUGUUGUUUUCUAAAUGUGCAAAGAGGGCCAAUAUAAGGUGUUUGGUGUCCCUAAAACAGGUGUUGAAAGAAUUUUUUAAGUUUCUCAGUAUAUUUGCAAGUUUACCAUGAUGAAGUAGCAAUUUGCAAUAUAAAAGCUGAUUACAGAAAUCAGGAUAUAGUUGAAAAGUAUUUUUAAAAUCUCAUAUUAUUGCUUGUUCUGCUUUUCUGAUACAUGUCUCAUCAUUAAUAAUGUUCUCAUGUGUCCUUGAGAAAUUUGUUGACUUGUUUUGGGUUUUUUUAGCAGUUGAUAAGAAUUUGCUUUUAUAAAAGUCACUCAUUUGUGUGACUCCCAGGAUCCAUUUUAGUAUCUGGCCAAAUUUUACAUUCUUCUUCGCUUUUUUAAAAAAUAGGCUUAGCUUUUAUAACAGUUCUAGCUUCAUAGGGAAAAAAAUGACAAGCAGGUACGAAGUGUUCCCAUAUAAUCUUUGCCUUCAUAUGCAUAACCUCUCCCUUUAUAACACUGACAUCAGAGUGACGCAUUUGUUACACUUAAUGAACCUAAACUGACACAUCAUUACCACCCAGAGUCUAAACUUUACAUUAAGGUUCACUCUGUAUGUUGUAGAUUCUGUGCAGAUGAUCAACUGUAUAAAGGCAUGAACCCGCUAUUCUUAUAAAUACAGAGUGGUUUCGUGGCCCUAACAAUGCACUGUGCUUGUUUUUCAUCCUUUUGCUCCCCCUCCACCCUUAUCAACUACUGAUGUCUUUACUGUCAUCAUAAUUUUGCCUCUUGAGAAUGUCAUGUCUUUGUUCACAGAUGCCAUGUCUAUGUAGAAAAUACUAAGGAAUCAACAACAAUAAUAAAAUCUUAUGGUAUAAGUAUGGCAAGGUUGCAAGGUAUGAGAUUAAUAUGCAAAAGCCAAGUGCAUUACCAUAUACCAGCAAUUUGCACAGUGAGGUUUGAAAUUAAUACCACUUAAAUUGGCAUUAUUCAAAAUAAAAUACUUUUAUAUAAAUAGAAUAUGUGUACACUCUGAGAAAAAUUGCAGAACUCUGAUUAGAUUAAAAAGCUAAAUAAAUGGAGAUAUACUCUAUAUUCACAGAAGACCUACAUUGUAAAGAUAUUUUCCAUAAAUGGAUCUAUAGAUUCAAUGUAAUUUCAACAAAAACCCCAGGAAAUAAUUUUGUGGACAUCAGCACAUUGACUCUAAAGCUUAUAUGGAGAAGGGAAAGACCCAGAUUAGCCAACUCAGUAUUGAAGGAAAAGAAAAAAGUCAGUAGAGUUACACUACCCAACUUCAAAAGCUAUAGUAAUCAAGACAGUGUACUGUUAGUGAAAGAAUAGGCAAGUAAAUCAGUAGAACAUGAUAAAAAGGCCAGAAACACGCUAACAUAAAUACGGUUAACUAAUCUUUGACAGAGGUAAUGCAGUGGAGAAAAUACAGUUUUCAACAAAUGGUGCUGAAACAGCUGAACAGCCACAAAGAAAAAAGGUUAUUCUAGACAAAAACUUUAUACUCUUUGCAAAUAUUAACUCAGAAUGCUUCACAGACUAUUAAGCAAUUAAGCACCUAGAAAACAUUAUUAACUCUUCCUAAACUUCUAGAUGAUAACAUAGAGAAAAUCUAGAUGACUUGUAGUUUGGCAAUGACUUAGAUACAGUGCCAUUGGCAUGACCUAUGAAAGAAGGAAUUGAUAAGCUGGACUUCAUUAAAAUUAAAACUUUCUGCUGUAUAAAACACAUUGUAGAGAAGGAAAAGCUACAUACUGGGAGAAAUUAUUUGCAAAGCACAUACUGAUAGAGGACUGAUAACCACAAUAUACAAAGAACUUUUAAAACCUGACAGUAAAAAAAAUAACCUAAUUUAAAAUGGGCCAAAGACCUUACUAGACAUCUCAUUAAAGAAAUACAUAGUUUGCAAAUAAACGUGUAGAGUUGCUCCAUAUCACAGGUCAACAGCGAAAUGCAAAAUGAAAUGCAUGCUUAUGAGAAUGGCUGUAAUCCAGAACACUGAAAAUACCAGAUACCAGUAAAGUUGGGAACAAUAGGCGUGCUCAUUUGUUGCUGAUGAGAAUGUGAGACAGUGCAGCCACUUUGGAAGACAGCUUGGCAGUUCAUUACAAAACUUAAUGUAUUACUCCACUACUGUACAAUUCAGCAGUUGAGCUUCUUGCAUUCAUGUUUAUACAAAGAUAUUUGAAACUUAUGAACUGCACAGAGAUGUUUAUAGUAGCUUUAUUCAGAAUUUCCAGAAUUUGGAAGCAACUAAAAUGCUGUCAGUAGGUGAAAGAAUCAAUAAAUUAUGGGUCAACCAGAAAAUGAUUCAGUGCUCAAAGAAAUGAGUUUUCACACUAAGAAAAGGCAGAGAAAGCUUAAAUGCGUAUUACUAAGUGGAACAAAAAGUUCUGAAAAGACUUUUAUGAUUCCAACUAUAUGAUGUUCUUAAUCCCUGGAUUCCACCCCAUUUUAUAUUCAAGUGUGGAAGUCACACUGAGGUGAACUGAAAAGCUCGAGCACAGGCAAAGUAAAGCAAGUUGUGUUUCCUUCAGGGUGCAUGCUUGAAGGGUCAUUCUUAGAUCAGUGACUUACACUUUCUGUUGGGGAAGGGGCUAGAUUGAUGUCAAUUAUAGACUUAUAGUUUCUAAAACCAGAAAUAUAUGGAUUCAAAUACCAUUUAUAUUAUGUACAUAACCAUUUGUGUAAUCUUGGGAAUAUUUCCCCACUUGUAAAAGAGAAUUUAGUCUCACUUUGUAGGAACAAAGUAAAGCAUCAGCCAGUGAAAUAAUGAGUUGUUUGUUUGUUUGCUAAUGUAGGUAUCUAUUAGUUCUCAUAAUUAGAAUCUAAGUAUGACAAACCUUUGUCUUUCUUCAUAGUGGACAAAUCAUGACAACAGAAUCUACUCUUGUUUGGCAAGUUUGAGUAGAAUCAGAGCUUAUUGAAGGAUAUUGGGUAAAGAUCCAACCAGGAAUAGAGUCCAAAAUGCCAUCUGGAUGGUUUUUGAGAAAAUAUUAUCAUAUCAUUUACACACAUGACUCUACAUACUGAUUUCCAAAAGGGACUUCCCCCUCUAUGAUUACCAUGGGAUAGGAUUCUUAGGUUUCCUUCUCAAAUUACUGCUGGAGGUAAGUUCUGAGCUUGGUGGACAGUGAUGGAGCCUGGUCAAAUGACAUACUGUCCUUCAUAGAAGGUUGGGGAAACAAGUUUUCUAAGUUGCUGACUUAGGGAAGUAGGAUCAGUAAGGAAGGUAAUUCUUCAGACAUUUCAAGGACAUUGAAAAAGUACUAGGCAAAAAAUAUUAUAAUACUCCAGGGACAUUUUUGUGGCAGUGCAUUGAUUCAUAAAUACAAAAAUAUAUCCAAAUUAAAAGGAAGGUGACUUUGUUUCAUUAGUCUUAACUUCAAACAAUGUGUUUUAUCUUUAAAGUAGAUUGUAUUUAUAGACAUAUAUGUGUCACUUUUAUCAUUCAGCUUUUUGUCUUUAUGUGCAUACAUAUAUAUGUACACACACAUAUAUGCAUGUAUAGGAUGUCUUAUCAUAAACACAAAACUUAAGCAAAUUAAACAUUUUUCUUAUUCCCAAACCUUUAUCAUGUAUCUUCACUAACUGACCUGUUUCUCUACUUAGAAUGUUGAAAUUACUUUUCUCUUUCAUAAAAUGGAAACCUACCACAAUUUCAUUUCUGAUAUUUUUUUCUUUAGCUGUUAUUUUCAUAUUCCUGAUAUUUUGACCAUUAGUAAUCAUCCUCUUACCUGCUAACCUGAAAUUGUCACUCAAUUUUCUGUGUAGGAAAUUAUGCUAGCACUCUGAUUCUACUAAAAAUGGCUCUUUUUUAAAAUAGAACUUCUUGCCUGUUAUAAAAACAAUAUGUAAUUUUAAAAACAAGAAUCACUUGCCCUAGUCAUAUUCUUUAGAGUUAGUAUUUUCAUGUGUUUUCUUCCUGGUACACACUUAGAGGUGGGCAUUUGCAAUAAAGAAAACAGAGCAAUUUCUUUUUUUCCAAAAGUGGAAUGAUAAAUGUUGAAUCCUGCUUUCUUCAUUUAUGUCAUGAGCUGUUUCCCAUGUCACUGAGAGUCCCUAAUGAGUGGCAUUAUCAUCUACAUUUGUUACAUAACAAGGGAGUUGCAGAAAUACUUAAAAAGUUGUUCAUCCUCAUAAAGCUAGCAAAUUGUAGAACUGUGAUGUAAACUGAGAUCUAGUUCUGGAGUGUGUGCUUUUAACUAUUAUGCUUCCUGUCAUUCUGAAACAUGAUUGGCAGUGUCUAUAUGAUAAUUGUUUAUUAGUGUUUAUUUUGUUUUCUUUCCUUAUAGCUUUAUUUUGUGAACAGUUUCUUUGGCCAUUACAAUAAUUUGCAAACAUAGUAUUUGUUGGCUGCAUAAGGUCCAUUUGUAUGAUUGUAUGAAUCUGAGACUGGCUUCAGUUUUUAAGAUGGUAAAUAGUGCUCAUUAGGAUCCCUAUCUGGACCUCAGUAUGAAGUGUCUGCAGAGCCAGCAUUUCCAUCAUAGCAUUAACAAUGUGCUUCUUUUGUGAAAGAGGAAAUACUCUGCAGGUUACAAGACAGGCGGUCAUUUUAAUAAAUUGAUCUCUGGAAAGCCAUGAGAAAUCUAGCUAUUCUGAACUACUUAUAAAGGCAGGCAAAACGCAAGCCGUUUUAUAGCCAGCAUCCAGAUUUGCCAAGUUAGCAUGAAAAAAGACAAAUGAAGUAAAUGGGUAGGAAAACAAUACCGAAAGAAAAAAGAAUUCUGUUGCAGUGAGAUACAAGCAUCUUUAUGAUGUGAGAUCCCUUUCGUGAGGAAGAAUCUAUGGAGAGAUACUCAGGAUAUACUGACAAGAGUACUUGUUGGUCUCUUAUCAAUGGACUGAGCUGAGACGGAGAAAGAAAUCUGAUACAUUUAUUCAGUGACAGAAAUGGUAUUCAGUAGCACCUGUGGAAGAGAAUUCUUUUUACUUCUGGGUAGAGCCUGGCCUCCUAUUUGAUGGAGACUCCAGUGGAAGAGGUGAUACUAACUGUAGUUACACAGAUUAUUCAGAAGAAUCUCUGAAAUGCUAUUAUAAAAUUUUAUAUAUUUGAGUGCUUCAAUAUUGGCAGCUCAUAUAUUUACAUUUGUUGUUUUUUAUAGUCUCAACUUUAUUAAUUUCAGCUCUAAUCUUUAUGAUUUCCCUCCCUAGACUGGGUUUGAGUUUGGACUAUUGUUUUUGAGUAUCUUGAGGUUUAUCGUUAAGAUCAUUAGGUUAUUUGCAUUCACUCUUUUUCUGAUGUGAACACUAACUGCAAAAAACUUCUCUCCUGGGACUACUUUCAUUGUGUUUCAAAGGUUUUGAUGUGUGGAACUGGUGCUGUCAUUUGAUUCUAGGAGUUGUUUAAUUUAUUUUAUUUCUCCCUUUUAUUUCUUCUGUGACCCAUUGAGUGUUCCGGAGUGUGUUAUUAAAUUUCCAGGUGUUUAUUAAUUUUCUCAUUUCUGGUUUCAGUGCACAGUGACCUGAUAACAUACAUGGGGGUGAUUUUGAUUCUUGUGUAUUUAUUUAUUUAUUGUUUUUUGAGAAAAGGUCUUGCUUUUCAAGGUUCAGACUAACUUGAACUCACUGAGUAGCGUAGUCUGGCCUCAAAAUAUGCACCAACCCUCCUGCCUCAGCCUCCCAAGUACUAGGGUUACAGCAUAUGCACCACCAUGCUUGGCUAUUCUAUAUUUCUUGAAGCCGGCUUUGUGGACUAGCAAAUGGUCUAUUUUGGAGAAAGUUACUUGUGUUGCUGAGAAGAGUGUAUAUUCUGUUAUUGUAGUGUACAACAUUCUGUAGAUAUCUAUAAAGUCCAUUUGUUGAAAGGUAUAGUUCAGCUCUGAUAUUUCUCUGUUGAUUUUUUGUUUAGUUGAUCCAUCUCUUUGUGAAAGUGGAUUAUUAAGGUCACCAGCUAUGAUUGUGUUGGUAUUUAUUUGGUGUUUUAUGUCCAGCCAUAUUUGUUUUAUGAAGUUGACUGCACUAAUAUUCAAGUCAUAUGUAAUUACAAUUGUUAACUCUUGUUGAAUUGUUUCCUUAACUGAUAUGUAGUGACCUUUUUGCUUCUGAUUAGUUUUAGCUUGAAGCUUUCUUUUUCUGAGAAUAAGAUUGCUAAUCUUGCUUGCUUUAGAGAUUCUAAUCCAUAAAUACUGUUUUUGAAUCUUUUAAGUUUUUAGUCUGUGGAUUUCUUUUUGGAUUGGAUGAGUUUCUUGAGUGCAACAGACUGUUGGAUUCUGUGUUCUUUGUUGGUUUGUUUUUGAUCCAGACUGCCAGUCUGUGUCUUUUUACCAGGGACAUUAGACCAUUAACAUAGACCAUUAUUAGUGAAAAGUCCUGAUUUGUUCCUGUCAUUGCAUUUUUUCUGUUGAUAACUCCUUUAUUUGUUUGUUUUGUUGUUAACAUUUGCCUUCUUAGAUGUAUUCAUUUCAUCUGAAUUUUUGACCUUGUUGGUUUUCUUGUCUGUCUAGGAUAUUCCAUGUGUAUUUUUUUAUAGUGCUGGCUUGGUAUUCAUUUAUUUCUUAAGAUAUUUUUUGUUAUGGAAUGACCUUAUUUCCCCAUGAAUUUUGAAUGAUAGUUUUAUAGGAUAUAUUAGUCUAGUUUGGAAAUUAUUUGCUUUUAGGACUUGAAAUCCUUUACUCCAAGCUGUGCUAAUCUGAAGUUUGUGUUAAGAAGUCUGCUUAAUACUGAUGUGACUACUUUUAUGAGUGAUUUUUUGGUUGUUUUUUUGUUUUGUUAGGUUUUUUUUUUUUUUUUUUUUUUUUUGCUUGUCUCAAAGGUUUUAAGAUUCUUUCUUGUUGGACAUUUUUUAGUAAUUUUUGCAGUACAUAAUGAUUACAUUCAUUAUAGGGAAUUGGAAUACAUAUAUAACAUGUCUCAAUUUUUUCCCCCUCCAGUGUGUUCUGAUUUUGUCCCAGUUCUGGCUUUCAUUUCCUUCUGCCUUUCUCAGCUGGCUGUUUGCUUGCUCUGUGAGAAGCUACCAACAUUGGGUUGAGAUUUCUUUCUCUGAUAGCUUGUUCUUUUCCUUCAGUACUAUGAAAACCUCAAGCCAUUCUCUCCUGAUCUGUAAAGCUUCUGCUGAGAAGCCAGCUGUCAGGAGGAUUGGGACAUCCCUAUAUUACUGCUUUAUUCCCCUUUAGCUUUGGCAAUCUUCCCUUUGUGAUCCAUUUGUAAAAUCUUAAGUUUAAGAUGUCCUAUUGUAGGCUUGGUUGAGCUAAAUUUGGUUGAUGAACUUUGACCUUCCUGUAUCUGGGUAUUUGUUACCUUCUUCGAAUUUGGCAAGUUUCUGUUAUUAUUUAUUUGAAUAAGCUUUCUAUUCCUUUGGUAUUCUCAAGUCUUUCUUGAACCCCAGCACCCUGAAUAUUUUGCUCUUUUAAUAUUGUCUCAAAGUUUUGAUACCAUUUCUUCAUUUCUGUUCAUUUUUUUUCCCUUCUAUUGUGUAUUUUCAAGUAGCCUGUCUUUGAGCCUAUUAAUUCUUCUUUCUGUUUGACUGAUCUUGGUAUUGAUACCAUCUGUUUUUAAAUAUACCAAGAAUACUUCUCAGUUCAAAAAUUUUUACUUGAUUUUAAUCACCUUCACUUUUGUGUUAAGUUUCUGUGUUACCUUAUUGAAACUUUUUUUCCCCCAAACACAUUGAGUUUCCAUAAAAUAGCUGCUUUAAAUUCUCAAGAGUUCUCAUAUACUGAUUAUUGCUUGGUCAAUUUCUGAUUCCUCAUUUUGAUACUGAGAUUAUGGUUUGCUGGGAGCUUUUUAAGUUUGUUGGUAUGUAACAUCUGGGAAUUCUACUGUCAAGUAUUCCAUUUUUCCUAAUGUCAUUUUGUUGCUUUGUGCCUUUCUUUCUAGAAAUUCUUAGCAAGAUAUUUACUUUUUCUAGCAUCAUUACUUCCACAAGAGAACACCCCAAGUGCCAGAAAUCUGUUAUUGUUUGUUACUGUUUCAGUACAAGAGGACAGUCCCAGCCCACUUUUGUCCAAAAUAUUAUGUUGGUUUUUUGUUUGAAAAGAAGGAAGAGAGUCCUAGAGAAGAGUAGUCUGUCCCAUAAGCCUCUCCCUAAGGUAGACCCAGAUGCCUAUCGGCCUGUGAGUGUAUAUCACUGGAUUUAACCUGGCUUUGCGCAGAAUCACUGUCUCUGAACCAUGCUCAUGCUCCUAUGUAAUAUUUGUGGUCACGAAAAAACCAUGAAGAUGUGUCACAUCCUGAGCCUCCAGUCUAGCAAGAUCAGUAUAACACUGGUUUAGGAGCAUGGCCAAAACUUCCUAGGGCUGUCUGUUGCUGAGGUGAAUUUAUGUCCCAGGACCACCACAGUUAGCUAGCUACAGGUGAUGAUACUAGGAAUAAAAGUCCAAUAGGCUGAAGCUGCAUAUCUUCCUCCAGCAAUGGAGCUGUUGUAGGCUUCAUCAUAGGCAGGUCUAGGAACAGUGCCCAUUAUUACAUUCCCAAUGGUCAGUCUUACCAGCCCAGCACUGAGUUCCAUGGUGAAGUCAUGGACUUACUACCCUGUCAUACCCCCAGCAGUUUUGUCUUAUAAUUUACUAUGCUGCCCAAGGUUGGGAUAGCAUUGUUGAAAGCAGACCCUUGUCAUUUGGGCUGCUGCUAAUUAAGCAUGGUUCUGCCAAAGUCUCACAGCUGUAAAGACCAGCAUAGUCUUGGGUACACAGUGGCCCAAACUGCAGCUGUGAUGAUUCAGGCUAAAAUAUAAGCCUGUCUUUUUUUUGGUAGAGGUCUCUGGUGCUGGCACUGAUCUAGAACUCAUCUGUGAGCACUGGCCCGGUGUAGCUGCUCUGCCUGAUGCUAGAGGAUAGAUGAUAGAGACCCUUGGCUACCAAAGCUGCUCUUUGACUAGGUCACACCUGAGUCUUAGUAACACAGAGUUAGAAGGAAGGCACAUGUUCCCAGGCACACUCCAACACUGAAACUGGUAUGACCAAUACUUGGGUCUGUCCGGUGGGCACAUGGUUUUCUGCUUGACGCAGAGCUUGUCCAUAGGCUCUACCUGUGAGUUCUGAACUCCACACAGUAUCUUUAGUUUCAACUGGGUAAUUAUCCUUUCUGUGGUAGAUCUGGCACUGUAAGCUGGGACAGAGGCCUGUGCUAGUUAUUUGUGCCUUGCGAGUAGAAUCCUGCUUUCAACUCUGACCUCCUCACCUCAGGUCAGAGGCGGGUGGGCGGGUACAAUCAGCGAGGCAGUCAACUACCUGGUCUAACCAUGAAGUAGCUCAGUCGAACAGCUCAGUUUGUGAUAGGAAUUGUGAGACUUUGCCCGGAUCUGAGUUACUGUGGCUGAUCUGGUACUGGGGUCUCAAGUUUAAGACUUACACAUAGUAAUCCCUCCUCAAGUGAAGGUGUUUGUCUACAUUGAGCUGCUUGGAGUUAAGAGUGAUGCGGCUCUUUUGUGCCUGCCUUUGUCAGCACAUCUUUUCAGUUUGUUACACUGAAAGAGGGCAGCUUUGGUGAGUUGUUAAAAAUGUACUUUUUCUGCCUAAUACGUCUAUUAUUUGAUCUUAUUCAUCUUUCUUUAUCUGUAUCCACUUCCUUGUCUUAUUUAUUAAAUUUCUCCUAUCAAUUUUAAAUUUUUUCCUUUCAAGAAAUACCAUUAGGCUGUUUUUCAAAUCUGUUUGUAAGUUUUACAUGCUAUGGUUUCCAGGACAUAAUUUGAUCACUUCUUUUAUUUCUUGAAAUAUACCUUGGCUGGGGAUGUAGCUCAGCAGUAUAACAGCUGCCUGGCAAACACAAGACCUUGGGUUCAAUCCUUGUACCAAAAAGAAAAGAAUAUAGAUAUCAUAUAAUCUUCUGUAAUGAAAAUGUCUCCAGUUUUGCAUGUCUGUUUCUGUUUUUUCUGUUGUGUCUCUCACAUAUUGAAGUAAUUUUAUGAGGACAACUCAUGCUAUCCCUGAACAUUUGUGGAAGUUCUUUGAUGCUGGGCCUGAAAGUGUGUUCCUACAAAGAAGAUUAUUAGUGAGACGCUACAAGUGUGAAUUCCAAUCCCAAACAUACCUAAGUGUGUGCCUGUGAUUAGGUAUUCUCAGAGGUACCUGUUUUGACACUCUUCAUGCCAGAAUCUGAGCAAAGGCCAGACCAGGCAAACUGGCACCAGGCACCUACUCGAUGCUACGCUAGGAUGCCUGUCUGCUAUUUUGUUUUGUCCUGUCCUGUCCUAUGCUGUCCUGUGCCCCCCCCCAGUUUAUUUACUUCAGAGGAGCAGCAGGGAAGGGGGGAAGAAUUUUAGAGGGUUCUGACACAGCCUCCUGUCUUAUAGGACCCCAGACAUGUCCUCUAACCCCAGGACGACCCAGGUGAAAGCACAAGCUUUUGUCUAGACUAGCAAUGGCAAACGUUUUAGAGCUUGCAGUGAUAACAAACAGUCCGCUGUGGCACAUGUACAGUAGGUUCACUGACACUGAUCUAGACCUAUGAGGGUGGUUAGAGCCUCAGGGGACACCCUUUCUUCAGGGCUAGCUGAGCAAGAAGCUCCAGGAGUCCUUGCUACCUCCGAGAAUUCACUUAUUCUGACAUAACUCACAUGAUUAAAUUAUGUUUUACAAUAUAUAUAGUCAGCAUUUUUAGUCUGUACUGAGAAAGCUUUUUCUGGGAUCUAGAAAAAAUGGGAGUUAGACUUUUUCUAUUUAAAAAAAGUGUGUUAAAUCUUAUGUGAGAAGUUAUAUUCAUAGAUAUGCUCUGUUUUUUAGAUCAUAGUCAAGGGCAGAGAAAUAAGUGAAAAAACACUGUUUCGGGUUAACUCUGAUGCCUAGGGCCCUAUGCUUAUGAUAUCAAUCUACCACUUCUAUGAGGUAGAUUUUUAUCAUUUCUGUGGUAAAGAUGCAGUCACUGAAGCUUGGGAGAGGUUCGAGAGACAUAGUCAAGGUCGUAUAACAGAUAAUUCAUAAUGCCUACCUUGGGUCAUCAAGCAGAAAUUGCUUGAUGAAGUGUGUUUAUUCUGGAUACAUUCCUGUUUUACAGGAAACUCUUAAAUUUCUAUUUAAAUUGUAUUGUAUACCAGUGAGAUGUUACCAUAUUAAAAAGGUAAUAUCUCGGGGAAUACUAAAAGCUGUUUACUCUUCCUCUUUACUGCUUUGCAUCCUCUAAGAAAAAUUACCCUUAGACUACUUCCCAAGGAUUUUUCUGGUUAUCAAAUUCUAAAACACAUUUGCUAGCCUAGUUGAGAGGAAAAACUAUGGUCAAGGACUUUAGAAACGAAUUGCUGGGCACAGAUGCCUUUUAUUCUGUAGAGCAUUCCAAACCACUUCUGUCCCACAGCCUCAACCAAGCGGGUGGUGUUUGCUUCUUACAGUGUUAGCACACAUUUCUUCUCCCUGUGAGAGUGUUUUUUGUUUGUUUUUCAAGAUAUAUACUUUCCCUUACCCAUUUGUUGUGGUUUAGAUCUAAAAUGCCCAGCAGAGUCUCAUGUGUUUGGAAAGUGAGGGAUCCUGGGGUCACUGUGCUAACCAGUGGAUUUAUCCAUUGAUGAAUAUAGUGGCUGAAUGUGCUGUUAGGAGAUGGAGCUGCGCGGUGGGCUGGUCAUUGGAGACAUCACCCCGAAGGAUAUGUUCUUGUUCAUAGCUCCUCCCUUCUCUCUUCUUUUCUCCAUUUUCUGCCCUUCCCAGCUACCCUGUGGAGAGCACCUCUCCUCUUUCAGGCCCUUCUGCCACACCAUUUCUGCUUUGGAGCCCUCCAGCCAUGGUCUGAGUCCUCUAAAAACCAUGAGCCAAACGAACCUUUCCUAACCCGUGGGUGUCUAGAAGCUGAAUAAUACACAGUUGACCUGAAUGUUAUAGAUCAGACUUCGUAUUAACUUUUUGUGCUGGUGUUUAGAAUACUGCUUUCUCAGGCUGUCUUUCCAAAGGACCUUUUUUUCUUGUGUACCAUUAUUUCCCUACUACCAGUUUGUUUGAUAGAUAUUGAAACUGCAGCAUGUUCAUUUUCUUCUAAAAUGAGUUUUCAUUCUCCUAAAGUAACAGGGUUUGUUAGUCCAGAGACCAGGAGCCAAGAACACGAAUCCGAGGAGGGCGCUCUUACUCAAGUUCAAAAGUAGCCAGUUUCCUUGACAAUGUUUUUCCUCUAGUCAUUGAGAUCUGCACUGCUGCCUUCAGGAGCUCCACUGAAGUCCUCCCCAUCAUCUGAUGUUUCUAAGACCAGGCUCUAAAAAGGAAUGUGCGUUACCACCAUUCAGAGCUUAACCCAUUCUUACCUGGCUCUGCCCCCUUAGGACAGCCCACUUCACUUCCCUUGCCUCUGGAAGUUCUGGCCAAAAGGAGACAUGAGGGAAGCCAGUUUUCAGCUUGACACUAGUCUUAAUAAUCUUUUUUUUUUUUUUUUUUUUUUUUUUUUGGUGGGGACAGGGGACAGUGAAAACCAACUUACAAAUCUUUUAUGAACCAAUCCAUAAUAACAAAGAGGACAAUACACUCAUUUAUAUGCCAGUCAUUUAUCUCAUAAUACCAGACUUUAUGUCUCCAUGGCACUUUAAUUUUGUUAGCUAAUAGGAACCUAUUCUAGAAAGUACUUUGGUCUGGGUUUUGUUUGAUUUAACUUUUCCUUAACUAAAGUUAGGUGUGUUUUUAAUACUUCCUUGAUUUCUACCUACUGUCUUUUCUCAUUUAUGAAAUGACUUUGAAAACUUUGUAUAUUUACAGUGUAUAUAUAUAUAUAUAUAUAUAUAUAUAUAUCCUCAGAUUGGUUAAGGAUUCAGUGAUAGUGAAAUUCAGAAAAUAAAAGUUUUUUGCUUACUUUAUACCCAAUUUCCCUUUGAAGGAUUAAUGAGCAUUGCUCCUUCCAAAAUUAAAAAGCAACCUAAAGAGAGAUAAAACUACUCAUAAAAGUUAAUUCCUUUUUUCUGCCUCUUCUGUUGGCAUUAGUUUUGUCCUCUUGCUCUUCUCCUUUUUUCUUCUCUCUUCCUAGCUGAGUUUCUGUAAUCUCAGGAGAGAGUAAAAAUUCAUUUUCUAAGAAUUUACUUCAUUUGCGUAUUGGAAAUAAGAAUUGGGAAAUAGUUCUCACUCUGUGCUGUUGUUUUGAUCAUGUACUUUAGAAAGGAGUAUACAGCAGAAGUUUUGAGGCUGAGCAUUAGCUUUUUCUAUUUCUCUGAGUGCCCCAAGUCAUCAUUUACUCUGCAGUCAUCUUGGUUAAUUUUCAGAUUCAAUGGGUAAAAACCAACUUUUUAAACUUCAGUGUCUAACUUACAAAAUGCUGCACAUUCAGGGAGAUAAAAUGAGAAGUUCUUUAUAUAACAUAUAGUAGCUGUCCCACAGUGCCUGGGACAGUUAUCUGCUCCAUACCAAAAUCCAUGAAAGCUUGUCUGUUGUAUAAAUCACAUGCUAAUUUGCAUAUAGCCUAUGCAUAUUCUCUACUAGUUUUCAAAUCAUCUCUAGAUUUCCUAAUAUAAUUUAAAUGCAUUAUAUACAGUAUAUAUAUAUAUAUAUAUAUAUAUAUAUAUACUAUAGUUGUUAUACUGUAUUGUUUUGGACAGUUGUUUUGGAUAAUGACAAAAUAGUCUGGGCAUGUUAAAUAUGAAAGCAGUACCUUCCCUUGAGUGUUUUUAGUACUUAGUUGGCUGAACCUACAGAUGUGGAAUUCAUAGAUACAGAAAGCCAACUGUAAUCUAAAAUUAAUUAAGGCUGGCAUCAGAAGUCUAGCUGAAAUGCACUGGUGUUAGUGCCUCUGUUCCUAAUCGCUUGCCAUAUCCAGAGAUGAAUGUACCUUAACUAGCUUUGUUUAAGCCACGGAUGACACCUUGCCUAGUGGACUUUCCUUAUUUUGCAGACAAGUCCCAUUUGUGUUUGUUUUUUCUUAUGUAAAAAUUAUACUUGAAAUGUAGGUAGAUUUAUUAAUCUAAAAUGAUUUUCUUAUAACUACUAUUAAACCUUUAUCAAAUAUGUAUCAUCUUCUCCCACACAACUAGACUUCAAUCCUUCCAAUACUAUCAUAUCUCAAGUUCAAUGCAGUACUUUAUUCACUAGAGCUGAAUAACAUUGCUAAGUAGUUUGUCAGUUAUGAACAUAUGCUACGUAGCCCAGCCUUGUGUAGGAAUUUCUGGAGGUGUUUCUAUUUUGUUCUCGUACAGAUGCUAUUAUAAUAGUAGUUAAGAUACAUCAAUGUGAGUAGAAAUUUACUGUAUAGUGAAAUGUUCAUACAUUAUUGCAGAAAUUUAUGAACACCUUAUAAUAUUGCUAUGUUUCCUAAUUGAAAAUGACUGGAUAUAUUGACACAGAUGUACAGAUUUUUAAAUAUGACAGAACUCAGGAGACAGAUUCAGAGGUAUGGCCUAGGAAUCAGAUAUGUGUGGUGUGAAAUCUCAGCCCCUCUACACACUGGCCAUAGUACCUCAGGGUAAACAUGUCUCACUUGUAUAAUACUGUGUUAUUUACCUUUUGGAUAUUGUGAUGAUAAAGUCAAUCAGUGUGUGGAAAGUCUUUAGACUAUGAUAAAUGAUAAACAGAUGCUUAUCACUUUGUCCUUAAUCCUGAACAUCUACUUCUAUUACUGUUGGAGACUGAACCCCUGUCUCCCAGGCCUGUUCUUUGUUUGAGUUCUGAUUCAAAAGCCCACUUUGUGUUGAGUAUUAUAAAAUGAAGACAAUAUGGUCAAUAUCUGUUUUUUCAUGUUUCUUGUUCUGCUUGCUAUCACAAAAUAUGUUGGAUAACUCUGUGACUAGCUGGCCAAACUUUCUGAUGAGGUCAUGUUUCUUGAAAAGAGGAUCAUCUUUUAUAGAUUAUUUAGCUAUUUUGUUUAGCUUCUGUGAAUAGAAUAUCAAGUUGAACUUGUUAUGCAAUUAUUAAUUGGAUAUUUCAUUGGCAGAUAGAAAAGAAGAUAUAUUAAUGAGAGAACAUUUCUGUAAGAUCAGCUAGUUGAUGACAAAAAUACCUUUAAAAACUAUAAAUCCAAUUGCUGGGCAUGGAGGUGCACUCCUGUAAUUCUAGCAUUCAGGAGGCUGAGGCAGAAGGAUCGUCAUGAAUUCGAGACUAACUUGGCUACAUAAUUAGUUCAAAGCCAGCCUGAACUAUAUAGAAAGACUCUGCCUCAGAAAACAAAAGUUUUAAUUCCAGAGGAGCAUAUUGGCAAGAAGAAAUGACUGUACUGGUAGAAAAGAGAAAAGGAGAGUAAAACCAGUUGAUCUUGCAUGUGCUUCCCAAUCCAAAGACCUGUCAUCCUUCGGGAGACAAAAGCAAAAAAAAAAAAAAAAGAAAAAAUCAAA